AGGGACGUUAAACCUCCAUUAUUGUUAUGGUUGUGUUAUUGUCACGGAGCCGUGUUCAUAGGUUUAAAUAUGUCUAAAGUUAGCUGUGUGUGAGUACGUGGAAGAGUGCGGUCGUAGAUCCGCUUUGACCGUCAGUUCUCACAUCCAAAAAGGUGGCCCCCAGGACCGAGUCGAGAGGGUCCCAAAAAAGACGCUUAGGUGAGACUAACGUAGCACAAAACUGGAUUUAAAGCGAUAAUGGAGCUUAAAAUAAAAGGAAUAAUACAUACCGGGUCUUUUUUAAAACAAUGGAUUACCAGAGGAAUAUGACAUUCAGUCGGCUCAAGGUAGCAUCUCCACUAGUGUGAAACAGGAAGUGUCGUCUGUGAGCAGCCAUGGGCCACAGAGCUACUCUUCUGCUCAGUGAGCUGCUGCUGAUGCUAACAGCCUCACAUACCCUCCUCGCAGUUAGCUUCCCUGAGGACAUCGCACCCCUGGAUGUCGUUGACGCACACUUUUCACGGAGAUACCCUGUGUUUAGAGGCAGGCCCUCUGGUAACGAGUCGCAGCAUCGGCUUGACUUUCAGCUGAUGACCAAGAUACAAGACACGCUCUUCAUCGCUGGAAGAGACCAGGUGUACCUUGUAAGUUUGAGAGAAUCCUACAGGAAUGAGAUCAUCCCUUACCGGAAGCUGACGUGGAGAUCAGGCCAAGCUGACAGAGAAAUGUGCGCAGUCAAGGGGAAACACAGAGAUGAGUGCCAUAACUUCAUCAAAGUGCUGGUUCCCAGAAAUGACGAUCUGGUCUUCAUCUGUGGCACCAAUGGCUUUAACCCCAUGUGCAGAUACUACAGGCUGGAUAACCUCGAGUUUGAUGGAGAAGAGAUCAAUGGACUGGCACGGUGCCCAUUUGACUCCAAGCAAACCAACGUUGCCCUUUUUGCCGAGGGGAAACUUUAUUCUGCUACAGUUGCUGACUUUCAGGCCAGCGAUUCUGUCAUUUAUCGCAGUAUGGGUGAUGGAUCUGCCUUGAGGACCAUAAAAUACGACUCCAAGUGGCUCAAAGAACCUCAUUUCCUGCACGCAGCUGAGUAUGGGAAUUAUGUGUACUUUUUCUACCGAGAGAUUGCAGUGGAGCACAGCAAUCUGGGCAAGGUCGUAUACUCUCGUGUGGCCCGGAUCUGCAAGAAUGACGUUGGUGGGUCACAGCGAGUUUUAGAGAAACAUUGGACUUCCUUUGUGAAGGCCAGACUGAACUGCUCAGUGCCGGGGGACUCCUUCUUCUACUUUGACGUGCUCCAGUCCAUCACUGACAUCAUCAACAUCAACGGCGUCCCAUCCGUGGUGGGUGUGUUCACCACACAGAUGAACAGUAUUCCGGGAUCAGCAGUGUGUGCUUUCUCCAUGGCUGACAUUGAGAAAGUCUUCCACGGUCGAUUUAAAGAGCAGAAGACGGCUGACUCAAUAUGGACACCAUUUCCAGAGGAGAAGCUACCCAAACCUCGACCCGGGUGCUGUGCAGGUCAUGGUCCAGCUGCAUCCUUUAAGAGCUCCAUAGAAUUCCCGGAUGAGACGCUGCAGUUCAUUAAGUCCCACCCUCUAAUGGACACAGCUGUGCCUUCCAUUGGGGACGAGCCUUGGUACACCAAGACACGUGUCAGGUACAGGCUGACUGCCUUGGCUGUGGACAAUGAAGCAGGCCCCCACAAGAAUUACACAAUGGUUUUCAUCGGCUCUGAGUCAGGAGUUGUCCUCAAGGUUUUGGCCAAGACCUCGACCAUGCUUCUGAACGACAGUCUGCUUCUGGAGGAGAUAGACGUCUUCAACAAGGCCAAGUGCUUGUCUAAUCACGAAGAUGAUAAGCGUGUCCUCUCGCUGCACGUGGAUCAAGACGCGCACAGCCUUUAUGUUGCCUUUUCAAGUUGCGUCAUCCGCAUUCCCCUGAGCCGCUGUGAGAGGCAUUCUUCCUGCCACAAGUCUUGCAUUGCAUCACGAGAUCCUUACUGUGGCUGGAGACCUCACGGAGCCUGUGAGAGAAUACAGACUGGUGAUUUAACGAGCUAUGAGCAGGACAUUGAAAUAGGAAACACUGCCCACUUGGGAGACUGUCAGGCAUUUUUGGGCACUACAUCAGCGCCAGAUUACAAAUCAUUUGGCGACCCUACCUCUGACAUGGAGUUUUCAUCAGCGCCAGUCACUGUACUGCCCAGUGGGCCCAUUCCCCCCCCAGUACUCAUUCCCACUCAGAGCCCCAGCUCUGGGCCUGGUCCAGAGCUCUACGGCUCAGGCUUUGUGCUGCAGGAUGACCCAGCCACCUCUCAUUCAUUAGACUCUAUCCCAGGGGGCCAAGAGGGUGUGUGGGAUAUCCAAGCAAGUGAAACCAGCCAGAUGGUCCACAUGAACAUCCUCAUCACAUGUGUGUUUGGUGCUUUUCUCAUGGGUGCCCUGCUGGCUGGUUUGAUUGUCUUCUGUAAUCGAGAAUCAUUCCUCCGAAAGCAAAGACGCGUCCACAAGGAUGCAGAAUCUGCUCCAUCCUGCUCAGACUCUGUUGGAAGCUUCGUCAAGCUCAACGGUCUCUUCGACAGCCCUGUAAAGGAGUACCAGACCAACGGGGACUCCUCUAAGCUGUACACCACCAACCUGCUGAGUAAAGACAUGAACCCACCCAAUGGUGACACCAAGACCAUGAUCCUGCGGGAUAAUUGUCCACCCCCUGAGUUGGCUGCUCUGCCAACACCAGAGUCUACUCCAGUUCUUCAGCAGAAAGGCCUGCAGCCCAUCAAGAACCAAUGGGAUAGGGAUCACAGGAAGAUCAGCGGUCCCCGCAAAGAACCCAACUCAACAGCCAAGAGUCCUCAGCUUCUUCUGUCUUCACCUGGUCCUCCCAAAUCCAACUCUCACCACCCUCACCUUGCCUUAGGACAUUCACACAUCCCCAGUGCUGUGGUUCUACCCAAUGCCACACAUGACCACCCAAAUCUCGACAGCGGAGAUGACACCCUGCCACAUCAGUCUGAAAAGAAGCUCAAGAAUUCAGAUGGUAAAGGAAGUAGGAAAGACCAGAAGCGGUCGGUGGAUGCGAGAAAUACACUAAAUGACCUUUUGAAACAUCUCAAUGACUCUGUGGCCAACCCUAAGGCCAUUUUUCACGAGGGAACGGGGCCCCGACCAAGGCAACACCUGACACUGGAACCUAUGGAGGAAUUAACAGAACUACCCCCAAAGGUGCCCAGUCGCGAAGCCUCAUUGUACUCUCCUUCUUCGUCCCUGCCAAGGCACAGCCCCACUAAGCGGGUGGAUGUCCCCCUGUCCACCACUCCCACCACACCAACGAGCAGUAUGGGUGGCACCCUGGAGAGACCAAGAGGGGGCUACCAGCUCCAGCGGAGUGCCUCACACAGGCACUCUUUAUCCACCAAUGCGGUGACUAUGGGGGUAUCUGUGUCUCGCCAGCACAGUAUGAACAGAGUGGGGUACAUGCCCCCAACACCCCCUUCCAGACUUGACUCCCAUUGUGGAAUGAUGGGGGCAGGAAUGCACUCAGCCAAUCCUCCAUCUUUAUCCCGACAAAGCAGCUACAGUGGGCAUGGCUCACUCCCUCGUACAGGACUUAAAAGGACUCCAUCGCUAAAGCCAGAUGUGCCCCCAAAACCUAAUGGCUUUUCACCACAGACUCCACAGAUGAGAGUGGUCAAUAAGUACAGCUAUUAAAAGAGCAUGGACAAUUUGCUGUGAGCUCUUUGCCUUGACAGUAUAGCCUUGAGCCCUGACGGCUUGGCUACAGAUUGGGUUGACCCCAGCGAGUGUUGUGUAUCAACGUGAGGUGUGUUCCCCCUUUAAAUGAUAUGCAUAUUGACUCACACUUCAGUGAAAAGGGAAAUUCACAUAUGCGGCCAAAGAUACUCCUCUGAUGUUUUUUUCAUUCUCAUGAUUUCCAUCCUGCUUGUCGUGAGUAUGAACAGUGGACAACGGUACAUCUGGCCCAGUUGAAGCCACCGAGGUACCAGGGUAGAAACGGUGGAAUACGUACUUGAAGAAUGGGUUGCAUUUUUCACUGCCUUUGAGCACUGUCUUCCCACUAAUGUGAACUGAACAGAGAGGUAGCCGUUCUUUUGUUAGUAAGCCGGUGCUGGCAGAGGAGAGCAAAGCUAAUUUCUAUUAGGUUAAGAUACAACAAAGACAAGGAUGGAAAGCCUACAUAUGUGUGUUAAGGACUGUGUGUGUUAGCAGGGGGAGUUGUGUAAAGGCAAAACGUGUGUUCAGCCUUUGCACUAAAGAGCGGUGCCAUACAGACACAGCACCCUAAAAUCCAUCUAAGACCCAAGACGCUGUCUCUAGUUGAAAUAUGUCACUUUGGUCUGUGUAGGGGCUGAUUUCAAACUUUUUGGGAGUGUUUCAAGGUGAUAUGGUUGGGCUAUUAAGUUGGUCACUGGUUUAUAUACUCGGACAAGGACUCCUUAACUCACUGGGAAAUUUUUCUCAGAAUAUGUGCUGCUAUUGUUUUUAGACAUAGCUGUUUGAUGCAUUUUGUUGUGGACCAGAGUGGGAUGACCCAAAGGUGGGUAUGCACAUCUUGUUUUUUUAUGCAAACAGUAGCCAAAAGGUGAAGUUUUUCCACAACCAAACACCGCUAAGACUGACAAAGUACCUAAAAUUCUAACCUCUACUAUCCUUUUGGAAUCAUAAUGGUGGCGCAAUGUAGCAAAUAAUACUUAUAGUGCUCUCAUAUCGGUUAAAUUUGUCUGACCCUAGAACAAAUACAUGGCUGUAAGAGCUGACUUUGCUUUCUGUAUUGGUUUUAAAGCCACAAGUUCCCAUGAAAUAUUUCCUGUGAGUGGUCAAGUGUACAAUCAACACAAUAUUUACCAAUGUGUCCGAAUGAGUCAUGCUGGAAAUGACAAGUUAGUGUACAUAUUAAAAUACUAUAAAGGAGUAAACAUAUUUUUUGGCGAGUGAACAUGAAUCUGUGCAUUGUGUGCCUUAUUCUCAAAAUUGUCUACCACAGUAUAUAAUAUUGGCGAUGUCAUUGGUUGUUGGUAUUUUAUUGUCAUUGACUAUAUGAAUAAUUUUAUAUAGGGCCAAAAAGUGUUAAAAAUUAACUACCUAAUCAAAAACGUGAUGAGAAAAAACAAGUGAUUCCGAUUGUGAAUGACAACAGUACACAAUUUUUUUUUUUUAAUGGGCAAAGCUAGUAUUGACAAGAAUGGUGUUGAUCUACCGCAUUGACGUGCCAUACAGUGAAUGUAUUUUUUGACAGUGGGAUGUAGGCUGUUUCGACCGUGCACUGUGGACCAGUCGGCUCAAUGCAGCACAUCCUGCCCACAGCCAAUGUAUUAACUAACACAGCUCUCACACGAAGGGCAUCUUUUGGAACUUAGUUGUGGUUAUGAUUUCCAACUCCCCUCAAUUACAGUGGCGAAAUUUUGUUUUUAUUGGCCAGUAGGGAUGAAUUGAGGGAUGAUAUCACUUUGCAGUGCACUUUGGUGACACAUGCAAUUUUGUCUUGAGUCUCAGCUGCCUGUUCAGCCCAAAGCCACAUUUUGUUUACAAGUAAUGAUUGUAUGUAAAGACUUCAAGCAGUAUUUGGGGCUCUGUUUUGUGCGUGACAUACAUCAUACAACAUAGACAUACAACAUACACUGCUUAACUUUGCCUUGUACAUUGCAAUAUGAAGUGUCAAUUUUCAGUUGCAAUCUAAAUUGAAGCCUUUAAAAUUCAGUUGAAGCUCUUACGUGCAGAAAACCAGGUUUUUGGUCAUGUUGUUUUGAUUUAAAUACAGUACUGCGCAAUGUGGCGAUGCAAGGCCAGCUGUAUACUAGUAUAUACUAUCUCCAGAGUAUUUGAGCGUGUAGAUAAUGUUGUAAAGAUGUACUGUGAAAGUGUAAAUAAGGAUGUUCUUUGUUUCAUAUUUUUUGUUGAAUUUUUUUUUUUAACACGGCAUGUAUAGUUGAAAUUAAACAUUACUGCACAGAA